AUGAGUGAUAAAUCUCGCGAGGUAUAUUGCUACUUUUGGCUCUUUGGUCUGAUCAAUAAUGUGCUUUAUGUGGUGAUACUUUCCGCAGCCGUUGAUAUCGUGGGUCCUACGUUACCUAAAUCUUUGGUAUUACUAGCAGAUAUAUUCCCAUCACUGACCAUUAAAUUGUGUUCUCCAUUCUUUAUUGAUAGAAUCAAGUACAGCUAUAGAAUAUGGUCUUUGAUCACGAUGAGUUGCUUAGGAAUGUUCUUAGUUUCUUUUAAAAACUUGUUUGUCUGUCUCUUAGGAAUAUCUUUCGCAUCUAUAUCUUCGGGAUUUGGAGAAGUGACAUUCCUACAAUUAACACAUUAUUAUAAACAAAUUUCUUUAAAUGGGUGGUCAUCAGGUACUGGUGGCGCAGGAGUUCUCGGAGGAGCAUCUUACAUGAUCUUAACUUCAAUCUUUAAAGUUCCAGUGAAGUUAACUUUGCUGUUAUUUAGUGUCCUCCCAUUUGCAUUUCUAUUUUACUUCAAAUUAGAUUCCAACAACGUCAACCUGACCUACCAGAGUGUUCAAAUCGACGAAGCAGAGGAUGACCUCUUGGUGCCCUUUCCCGUCGCCUUUACACACACUAACGCUUCCCAAUCCCUGUAUUCCACAAGGCAGCACAUUUUGCAAACGUUCAAGAGACUCCGAAGAUUAGUUUUUCCAUACAUGCUUCCAUUGACCACCGUCUAUUUGUUCGAAUAUUUAAUAAAUCAAGCAGUAUCUCCGACCUUAUUAUUUCCAAUUAAUGGCGAUGAGAGAAGUAAGUCGAUGCCAUUUUUCUUCCAUAAAUACAGAGAUAUAUAUGUAACUUAUGGAACGCUCUACCAAUUAGGUGUCUUUAUAUCGAGAUCGUUUGGACAUCUUAUAAGAAUGAGGGGUUUAUACAUCUUAGCGUUCUUACAAGGUAUAAAUUUAUGCAUGACAGUGCUGCAAUCAUGGUUCUAUGUCACACAUUCGCCCUGGGUGGUAAUGAUUCUAAUAUUCUAUGAGGGUUUUCUUGGCGGUGCAUCAUAUGUCAACACAUUUUUAAAUAUUCUCGAAAAGGAGGAUCCUGAAGAAACAGAGUUUUCCAUGGGUGCCGUGUCUAUUGCUGAUUCGUUUGGCGUGUUUUUGGCUGCAUUACUUGGUUUGGGGCUAGAGCCUAAACUUUGUGAGCACCAAAUUGCCGACAAUAGACCUUGGUGUAGGCUGGAAUAA